UUAAAAAUCGAACAUUCCUGCUUGACAAUGCUUGUAAUUGUAGUUUUUGUUAAAGUUUUGUAAAAAAUUGCUGUGCAAAUAAAUGAAGGCGGCCAGAAAAUAUUAUCAAGAAUUAUCCACAAAACUUGAAAGCGUGAAUAGCGAAGCGAAGAUGCAUAAAAUACGUUUAACAUUUAAGAGAAGAUAAGUUCGUUCAAAAGUUCUGAAGGGUUACUACCAAGUACAGCAGCCAGCCGACUGAAGAAUUUCCUCAAUUAUACGCAUUGGACAACUCUUGACACCUUGAUUCAUUAUUAGUGAUACAAGAAAAAAACGACACCAAUUGUAAAAAGCUGGAAAAAGUUAACGUACUAGCUUCAGAAUAAUAUUUUACAAUCUCGAGUUGAACACAGUUAAUUAAUCAAGGCAAGAAGCAAUUAGACACAAAUCAAAAUGGUUGACCCAUUCCUAGCGAUGAACUAUAAUGUAUUAGAGGUGAUCUUCUCUUAUUUGGAUUUGCGUGAUUUGCGGAAUUGCGCGCUGGUAUGCUGGAACUGGUAUCACUUCUUGAACGAUGAAAGCUCAGACGUGUGGCGAAUGCAUUGUUUGCGAAAACUACCCCAAGAAGCACUUAAGUCAGACUUAUUGGCAUCGGUAACGACUUACAAAAAAAGAUUACGCGCCUAUUAUCACGCUUGGAACCCAAAUGAUUGCUCGCGUAAUGUUUAUAUUAAGCCGAAUGGUUUUACAUUGCAUCGCAAUCCCGUCGCACAAAGCACAGAUGCAGCGCGUGGAAAAAUAGGUUUUCGACAAGGGCGUCAUUCGUGGGAGGUGAUUUGGGAAGGACCGCUUGGCACAGUUGCGGUAAUUGGUAUAUCAACAAAGGAAGCAGCGUUACAGUGUCAUGGUUAUGUGGCCUUAUUGGGUUCUGACGAUCAGAGUUGGGGAUGGAAUUUGGUGGAAAAUAUGUUACUGCAUAAUGGUGACGCGCAGGGAAGCUAUCCGUUGCUAAAUAACCCACCCAAAUAUCAGGUGGGUGAACGGAUACGAGUCAUACUGGAUUGUGACGACAAUACCUUAUCAUUCGAAAAGAACAGUGAAUUUUUAGGUAUAGCGUUUAAGGGUCUGCCAGAUAAGAAGCUUUACCCAACAGUGUCUGCGGUGUAUGGCAAUACAGAGGUAUCGAUGGUGUAUUUAGGACCGCCUUUAGAUGGUUAAAAUAGACAUAUGAGUGUAUGAGAGUGGCUAAAUACACUGGUUUACAGCAAAAAUGUUCUAUGGCUGCCACUAUCCAAAUCCUAUGUAGAAUUGCUCAGUUAUUCCGAAGUAAAUUUUUUUUUUAUGGAUACGUUUUUGAGAUAUUUUCAAUUUACCGUUAUUCAGCUUAAAGCAAAAAUUGGUUCCUUUUAAUCAAGUAUAUCUUACGAACCAACUCAACAAUCUUAUGAAUAUGAAAGCUAAUACAAUUCUCCAUAAACCGUAUAUACAUCACUUUCCGAUAGGGCUUCUAGUUUCUGACAAAUUAAUCUAAAAAAAAAUCAGACUUUAACAGAAGAAAAAUAAAAUAAAAUUAUAGUUUAAAAAACUAAAACCUCGCUAUUAAAACUUCCAUUCGCACUGUCAACAGGUUACUUUAAGAAUGGAAGUUUAAAGCAAUUCAAAUUCGUACUGUCAUCAGGCAUGUAACUUGAGAAUGGAAAUCGCUGCAUCUUUUAGGCGCAUCAAUAUUACAUAG